AUGAGCCGCAUGAUAAGCGAAAGAACCGAGAUCACGGCCAAGAUCGCCAGCCCCGGACGUCUUCAGGUUGCCGAAUACGAAAACUCGCCGCAAGUCGUCGGCGAAGGGGUUGUUGAUAAAGGCUACAUGAGAGGAAAUGACCUUGAGGUGUUACCAGUCACCAUUACAAAGUCGACAGCACCAUCUUCGUUAUAUGAUGAUGCCCCUCCCACAGAGUCAGCAGCAGCGGUGCCCACGGGCGUUGCGGCAACAGAAAAGAGGCCAUUGAUGAGGAGAAGGAGAACAUGGAUUCUGCUAUGCACGGUCGUCCUUGCCAUCCUUGGUGUAGUAUUGGGCGUGGUAUUUGGAGUUGUGCUCCGCAAGCAAAACAAUGAUGGUGAUUCUUCCAAUUCGAAUCGUGGCGAAGUUGCACCCGGCAACGGCAACGGCAGCGCGGAGCCGCCUCCCGAUACAAGCGCCCUGAAAGCUGUCCCGAAAUGCGCGGAAUCCUUUUGUCCUCAGUCUCUCAACGGCCUGGUCGAAUCAUACACGGCUGUCGACCAAUCGCCCACCAUCCAUCUCCUCGUUCGCGACCGCGUGGCUGACAUCCAGUACAUGGCAUCGGCUCCGGGCGCCAAGUCAUUUCCCAACAAGUGGCGAUCGUACGGCAACAGCGGAUUCUAUCCAGACACACUGGCCUCUACAUUCCUUUCCAUCAACGGCAGGCACAGCAUAUCCUUCUUUGGCUUGGUUUCGGGGUCGCCAGUGGCCAGCUUCGACCACGUGGCCUACCGCACCAUCGACAUUGCCAACGGCUCGGCCAGCGAUGCCAUCUACCUUGGCAACGACGGGCUGGUGGCCAGGAGCGCACCGGUGGUGUGCGCGCCGCCAAACUCGGACAUGAAUGGCGCCCCGCCCACCGACAUGAGCAUCUUCAAGAGGGGUCAGUUCUCACGCGACAAGAAUGGCGAUCCUGCCAGCAUCUGGUGGCGCUUCUCGCACGGCACGCCUGGCACCUUCCACGACAAGUACAUCCACGAGGUUGCCGACAUCGUCCCGGAUAGCAUGCCCAAUGUUCCGCCCGGCCUCGCCUGCCGCGACGGGCCGACCAUGCGCCACGACGUGGUGGUCUACUCCAACGCGACCGACGGCUUCGCCGCCUACCACGAGUGGUACGACUUUCGCAACUUCACCUGGUCCAAGAGUCACAAGGUCGGCGGUACGUUCAAGCAGGGCACCCGGCCGAUCCUGGUCGAGGUGUCCAAGGACCGGUUCGACUUUUUCGGCAUCGGAGCGGACGACGCGAUGCACCACUUCACCUUUGAGCAGCAGGGAAACCCGCAGUACAGCGAGAUGGAAAGCCUGAGUGGGUCCUUUGCCAGCAACGCGGCCGGCGUGGCCAUGGGCGCCGCCAGGGACCGCGUCGACGUCGUCGCCAUCGGCAAAGGGGACGGGAGGCUGAAGCGCAGGGCGCUGGUGGGCACCAGGUGGGACGCGGAAUGGGGGGAUCUGGGAGUUACCGCUUCCAGCGUGCCCCGACUGAUGAGGAUUGCGGACGACGAGCUGAUCAUUGCCAUUGUCGCCGCCGACAAGGCCGUCUGGUACUCCGAGGUCAAGAUACAAGGGGAUGGGAGCUGGUCAGAGCUGAAAUGGCAGGCAAUCGGUGGUAUACGAGUAGAAUAG